CUUUGAAUCAAAGCGCCAUUAACACAGCAUACGCCACACCCAGAAGAAGAAUAUUUCGAGUUUUACAAGUGAUUUUAAAUACUUAGCAGGGAAAUUACACUCCCUCUCCUCAUUAAUCCCAGAAACCUCCAGUUUGGUAAAGGAAAAGCGUUAUUCGGAGCUAAACCCUAACAACAGGCUCACUGUCAAAUGUGAUUCUAUUACAAUGGCACCUAAACGGAACAAGGUUCCCAUUGAUGUUGUUGAAAUCGAUAGCAGCGACGACGAAGGCAGUCCCGGCACCAAUGCUGCCGGAAAAAGCAGCGCCCGGGAUGUAAUGACUACUGUCAAAAAUCCACAAAGCAAACCACCUGGUGUUCAUGGCGCUGGACCAGUUGCUCCUCCUGCUCAGAAUCAUCGGCAACUGGAGUCUCGGAGUUUCUGGAAGGCGGGGAAUUAUGAAGUCGCCUCCACUAGAGCAGUAGCUAUUGAAGGUGAGCUAGAGCAUGCACGUGUACAUCCAAAGUUUUUACAUUCUAAUGCCACUUCUCACAAAUGGGCAUUUGGAGCGAUUGCUGAACUAUUGGAUAAUGCUGUGGAUGAGAUAAACAAUGGUGCAACUUUCGUGAAGGUUGAUAGAAUAUAUAACAUGAGGGAUAACUCUCCUGCCUUACUGUUUCAUGAUGAUGGUGGUGGGAUGGAUCCAGGACGUCUUCGAAAAUGCAUGAGUUUGGGCUACUCAUCAAAGACAUCCAACACAACAAUUGGACAAUAUGGUAAUGGAUUCAAGACAAGUACCAUGCGAUUAGGUGCUGAUGUGAUUGUUUUUACUCGGGCAUCUAAAGCAGGCCAAGCAACCCAAAGCAUUGGUCUUCUAUCCUACACGUUUCUGCGCAGAACUGGACAGGACGAUGUCAUUGUUCCAAUGAUUGAUUUUGAUAUCUCCAGUCAUUGGGCAGAGCCAAUUAUUAAUACAUCCCAGGAUGAUUGGUCUACUAACUUGAAAACCAUCAUUGAAUGGUCUCCAUUUGCAUCAAAGGAAGACCUCAUGCAACAGUUCGAAGAUAUUGGCUCUCAUGGAACAAAGGUUAUAAUAUUCAAUCUAUGGCUGAAUGAUGAAGGCAUUUAUGAAUUGAGUUUUGAUGAUGAUGAUGAGGAUAUAAAGUUGAGAGAUGAAGCUAAUCAUGGAAGUGCCUCUAAAACAUUCAAGAAAGUAGCUGAAUUGCAAUCCCAUAUUUCCUACCGCAUGCGCUAUUCAUUGAGGGCAUACGCAUCAAUAUUAUACCUCAGAAAAUUUAAAAAUUUUAGCAUCUUAUUAAGAGGCAAGCCUGUGGAGCAGUAUAACAUUGGUGAUGAUUUGAAAUACUCAAAAACAAUAUCCUACAAGCCACAGCUUAUUGGGAAAGAGAUCACUGUGGAAACAACGAUUGGCUUCAUUCAAGAAGCACCGGCCCUUGGAGUUUCUGGAUUCAAUAUCUAUCACAAAAAUCGUCUAAUCAGGCCGUAUUGGAAAGUCACUGCAGAUGGUUCUUCAAGAGGAAAUGGUGUUGUUGGAGUGUUGGAAGCAAAUUUUAUAGAACCUGCACAUGACAAACAGGAUUUUGAGAGAUCUACGAGUUUUUACAGAUUGGAGAUGAGGCUAAAGCAAAUGAUAAUGGAAUACUGGAAAGUUUGUUGUCACCUGGUAGGACACAGACCCCCAGGUAGAAGUGUGCCGGGAGAAGCUACUGCCCAACCACAAGUUAAAGUUGUCAAUACACAAAUGCCGUUGCCAACUGCUGAACGUCAGCCAGUCACCAGUCUUGUGGAUGAAAGAUCGAUCGAUCAGAUAUCCGAAGAGAACAUCCAGCUCUUUAUGAAAUGCGAGGAGUAUAUACAGAAGGAAAAUGAAUUGAAGAAAAUGAUCGGGGAAAUGGAGACAGAGCUGGAGGAAACUAAAAAGAAAUGUGCUGUUAUUUCUUCACGCCUGGAAACACGGAAGAAGUUAAAGGCUAUGAGUGAAGUGCAAAAUGUUAAAUGAAGCUACUUUCUGAUUACUGAUGAAUGUAUAUGAUAUAGUUAUACGGUGAUGGAUUUGCUUGCAGGCUUGACAGCAUUCUGCCUUUCAUGUUUUUGUUUGCAUCUUAGAGGAGUGUAAAUUAACGAAUUAAAAUCCUCAUGACUAUAACUGAAUUAUGAGCCCCCCUUGCCCCUUGGAAUGGCUUGCUUCUGGAAAUGUUAUUUGCAGAAUAGAAAAUUGAAUGAUAUGGCAGAAUAGGUUUAUUU